CUAGCAUCAGAAGCAGUAAGUUCACAGUCAGCGAUGAAAAUUUUCACUAUUGUAUCCCUGCUCCUCGCGGGCCUUAUUGCCACUUGCACCGCAAGGAACAUUGACGUUGACAUCAAUCGGGAUCGAGGAUCAUCAUGGUCGGAAGAGACUUCAGAAUCCAUGGCAUUUAUGCAGCAAAUUGAGGCUGCCUGUUACGAGAAAACUGGUUCCAGCCAGGCCUUUGAAACCAUGAUCGAUUCCUUCGGUACAAUUCCGAUUUGCUUUCUUAUGAAAUUGGAUGUGAUCCACUUACUGGAUGACUUGGAUCGUCUGAACGCUUCUACACGGCAUGAUUUUUUCCCCAGGUACUGUCCACAGAUGAGAAAUGCACUUUCAUGUCUUCAAUCGCCUAUGGAACAAAUGAGCAAUUGUUUGAACGGUGACAUAAUUCAUCUUAGAUCGCUCAAUGCGACGUUGGAGGUUCUGGACUUAGUUUGCGAACAUGACGGAGAUAUUCUGUUCCGAGAUGAGGCCAACUACCAAGUUUGUAUGCAAAACAUGACCAACUACAUUCAAGAAUGUGCCGUCUUGAUCUCAUUAUCGACGAAAAAGAUGGCAGUUUCCAAGUACGGCGAGGCUCAGUGCGGAGAGCUGGCCAAGGCACAGGACUGCAUGGAGAGAAAAUUAAACGAAUGCAACGGUUCCAGGUUGAUUGACGUGCAUGACGUGUACUGGCGUGCAAUGUUGAAGAAUAGUCCUUGCAAAAAUUUGAUAGCCGAAACAUUAGAGGUAGAAGCAGAAGAUGAUCGGACACAAAACGAAACUGUUCGAGUGGUUUUGUAUGCUUCCGAUGGAUAAAAAUACACACGGGAAAAGCAUCCAGACCUUAGCGAUGAGUUGUAACUUAAAAUACGGAAAUGCUUUUAAAUCGAACAAUUAACCAUUAAUGCAAUAAAGUUAUAUAUUGAAUAAACAACUUGUUUAAAUAAGUAAUGCAUACG